GACGGUGUGCUUCACAGCCGAUCGCGCUUCGCGGACUGUUGGUCGGCACUUGCAUAGUAUACCGUACACAGAGUGUAUUUGAACGAUCCGCGAGUGGUUUAGUAUUCGUUUUACCAAAAACGAUUGCCAAACUGACCCGGGCCGAAUUUGAUUUGCUCAUUGACACGGUUAUAAAUUGUGUGUUUUUUUUUUUGUUUUAAUGUGCGACAAUCCAAAUAUCAAACAGUCUGCAACCAUAGAACUCUUAGUUCGGAGUCGACGAAGAGACAAAGGAUUCUCAGAAAGACUAAAAUUGUAUAAAUAAAGGUGUGUGUGUGUUACAAGUCCAUACUAAAAUAUAACUUAACAAACAUGCCCUCGCUGUUAGAAGCGAUCACUGAGAAGUAUGGUUCGUCUGAAGAUGAUACUUUUGACCAAAUGCCUAUAGCCAUAUAUGUACCCCGGAAAAAUCCCAGGAACGUAUUACCAAAACUUUUAGUGCUGAAUGAUUGUGAUAUCGAUUCGGCUGGCAAUGAGACUGAUCUAAGGGACAAGUGCCAUGGCGUAGAAGAAUUGGAUUUAGCACAGAACCGAUUGUCGGAAUGGAACGAAAUUUUUAAAAUUUUGAAUAUUAUGCCAAAACUCAAGUUUGCGAAUUUAAGUUUCAAUAACCUUAGUGCAGAUAUUAAUAAUACCUUGCCACGCGGUAUCAUGCGAGACACCUACCCGUGUUUAAAAAGUGUCGUAUUGAACUCUACUAACAUCACUUGGAGCAGCUUUAAACACAUUUUAAAAAAGCUUCCAAUGGUCGAAGAAAUACAUUUAAGCAUGAACAAUUAUGAUGUCAUUGAAUUAGAUGAUGAUGAAAAUUGUCAACCUAUACAAAUUCCAUCUGUUACAAAGUUACAUUUUACAGGUAAUCCAGUUUCUACGUGGGUAGAAGUAUGUAAGUUAGGUCGUGCAUUCCCAAAUCUCGAAUCUUUGGUGCUAGCAGAAUGUCCUCUGUUAUCCCUCAUGACUCCGCCUCCUUCACCUGAUACUCACCAUAGUCUUCUAUCCUAUCCCAAACAAGAAACCGACUCUUAUGAUAACAUGAUGGACUUACCACAUGAUGCAUUUAUUCACCUCAGGUUCCUUAAUUUGAAUCGAACACUAAUUCGAACGUGGGAUGAUGUUGACAUUCUUGGACGUUUUCCAGCAUUAAAAUAUUUAAGGAUACAGGGAUGUCCCCUAUUUGAAGAAAAUCCUGAAAGGCAAGAGUACACAGAACAUGAACGUAGACAGUUACUUAUAGCUAGACUACCUUGUAUUCAAACAUUAAAUGGAGGAGCUGAAAUAACAGCAGAUGAACGAGAAGAUGCUGAGAGAUUCUUAAUCAGAUUUUAUAUGGAUAAAUCUGAAGAAGAACGGCCUGAUAGGUACAAUGAAGUAGUACAAGUUCAUGGAAAACUAGAUCGAUUGGUCAAUAUUGAUUUAACACCUGAAAGCAAAGUACCUGUUUUAUUAGUAUGCGGAGAUAAAUGUGAAUCACAUACAUUAGAUGUCUAUCAGACUGUUUUAGAAUUUAAACAGAAGCUUGAAAAAUUUUUCAAUAUACCAGCACAUCGUAUGCGAGUAUUUUAUGCAGACCAACAAAUAUGUUCCAUAGUUGGACCCGAAGAGAUGAAGUUCCCAAAUAAAAGAUUGUAUAGUUAUAAUAUAGUUAGCGGGGAUCAAAUCAUUGUAGAUUCAAAAAAAUAAUGAUUAAAAGAUUUUCACAUCUGUAUUACUUCAGCGAACUGUGAUAUAAAUAUCAUUAUAUAUUUAUAUGAAGUAUACAUAUGUAAUAUUAUGUAAAAUUUUGAAAUAUCAAUUUAUUUUUUAAUAUAGUUGUGUAAUUAUGUCAGUAGAUAUUGAUUUUGUUUUAAAAAGUAGAACUGAUGGCAAAUAUUUUGCUACAAUAGCAUUUUUAAGCACUUGAUGAAAUGCUAUUAAGGACUAAUUACUGUUAUACAAAAGAAAACUGUUAUUGAUGUACUGAUUUAAUUUUUAAUCAAAAUCAUUAGUUUUCCAGUAAUUUUGAACUAUUUUUAUUUAAAUUAAGACAUAAAAGUAUAUUUUAAUAUUCUGAUAGAAAUGAGCUAUUGUAGAAUGUUAUACUAACACUAGUUAAUAAUAAUAAUUUUAAUUUGGUGGAGCAAUAAACUCAUUGCUUAAUAAAUGUUAUAUUAUUUUGUGUUGGACACUUGAGUUUAUAAUUUUUUCAUAAUAUAUGAAUAAACUGAUUUAUUCUUCUAAA